AAAAACAUGGCGGCCUCCUAGUCACAACAAACGUAACGCGUUCGUCGGUGCACAUGUUGUAAAUCGACCUUGUCUCGGAUCGCCCGUCAUCCCUGCCGCACUACACCCUCCUGCUCUGAUGAAUCCCGUACUGAGACGGAGACUUCCUCCGUCCGUGAGGAGCCUCCUGACAGACAUUGGCCCGAAACAGGAGUGGACUGAGCCUGAGGACGAACCUGCGGCCAGAGACGGGAUCCUGCUUCCCUCCAGAGGAGCUGCACAGGAGGAGUCUAUUACUCCAGCGAAGACCAAAGAGCAGGAGGAAGGCGGUGGCAGCGCCACCAAGAAGAGCUCAGUCUGCAUGCUGUGUCAACGCAAACCCUCCUGUUACACCUGCCCGCGGUGUAACGUCCAGUAUUGUAGUUUGGCUUGUUACCAAAGCCCGGAUCACACUGUGUGUUCUGAGGAGUUUUAUAAGGAGUCCGUCCUGCAGGAGCUGAAGGAAAUGGGGAAAACAGAAGCUGAGGGCAAAAAGAAAAUGCAAGAGAUUCUUGUGGGCCUCAAACAAAAGGCAGAAGAGACGCACGGCGGGAUGGAAAGUUUGCUAAAACAAGCAGGUGUUGUACAAGAUGAUGAAGAAGACAGAGACGUGACAAAGAAAGUGCAGGCCAUGGAGCUCCUGUCCAGAUUAGCAGAGCAUCAAGAGUCUGGAGAAGAGAGGGAAACAGAAAUUGAUGCUAUUUUGGAACAGCUUGAAGAGAUUGGAGGAGGGGAGCUGCUGUCCGGAGACCCUGAAGAGGAUGAAGGGGAGCAGGACUUGGCUGAUCGGCUCUCGGGACUCGAUAUCGACAAGCUCUCAGAAGAAGAGCUUUGGGCACUUCUCAGCACUAAAGAGAGGGAGACAUUUACUGGUCUCGUGAAGGACGGGGCUCUUGGUGGGCUCAUUCCACUCUGGAAGCCUUGGUGGGAGGAGCAUGAGGAGGGAGAGCGGCUGGUUGAAGAACUGAGUGAACUGGAGAAAGAGAAAUCAGCAGUUACAGAUCUGCAGGACAGCAACGAUGAUGUUCAGCCAUUAGAUAAAGUGAUUCAGGAACAAGACAAAUCUGUGACAAACGUGAAAGAAGUUAAAACAGGGAGCAGAAAGGAAAAGACCAAAUUAAAUGUCCCGAAAAUUUCGGCAAAGAUUCCCAAACUUACUUCCUUAUGUGCAAGUCCGUCUCCUCUUGUUUGUUAUGGUGUAAUUAAUGCACUGUUUGGUUAUGCGUUUACCCUGUCUCUGUUUAAUGGUGACACUGAUUCACUGAUGUUUGAAUUCUGUGACAUGGUUCUCGCUCUGUCUGAGUCUCUGAGCUCAAACAGGGUGUUCAGCUCCAUCCAGGAAGCAUUAGACUGCGGAGAGGCUCGCAUUUUAGGUGGAAGUUACCUCGACAAGGAGGAUCCUUUGGCGCCAGCCCGGACAGUGGAAGCUGUGGCUCACAUCAUGACCGGCAGAGACAGAAAGGACGUUUCAGGAUACUGCCUGGCAGCCCUGAGUCAGCUGAGAUCUGUGCUCUCAAAGGCCAGGACUGCCCUGUCCAAAGAGGGAGAGGAAGGUGCAAAGAGACAGAAGUUUUAUCUGGCAAGCAAAAAGUGUGAAUUCUUUCAAGCUUGGGUACUCGACAAUGGACAUGAGUUUCAUAGACUGGCUGUGGAGUUGUGGAGUGAGCACAGCAGAAGAGAAGCUGUCAAGAAGAACAUGGAGAAGGAGAAAACUCUACUGGAGCAAAACCUAAAGAAGCAGAGAAAGAAAGGGAAGUUGAUUGAAGAAGUGAGCUGAUUCAAAAUGUAUUGAAUGUGUUGUUUGUACAAGUUUUUAAUUCUAAUAAAAACAUGGCA